GUUAUCAGUAAACCGCGUUAACGGCGCUUUGCUCAGUCACUAUUCACUGCCAUCCCGUAAAGAACACAUUAAAAAUGUACCGAGUGUUGUUAUUUCUCGCUAUUUUUAAUUUUGUGGAGCCUCAUCAGUGGUGCAACAAUCAUCCGACCCUCUGCCACAGACACCAUCACGAUUACAAGCGCCAUCAUGAGCACAGAGACGAGAGAUUCUUCCAUCGCCUUGCCAACGACCUAAUCGAAGUCGACAACAAAGCGAAAAGCUUCUGCGCCCAAAAUCAAGGGAUCACUACUAAAGAAAUUUACGAGCAGGAUUUCUACAAAUACGUUAUCGGUCUUUCUAAUUACAAUGAGAGUAAAAUUGAAGUGAAGAUUAAGCAUCGUGCGCUUUAUAUCAAAGCUGAAAAAGAUGAUAACAAUAAGUAUGUGAACGUGAAGAUACUAACAGAUCUGCUCAAUACUAGUUCCGCUAAGUGGUACUACGGUAACGAAGAACUAACAGUUGCUGUGCCUUAUAAAGUGGCUGUGGCGAAAGAAUUACCAACGCACUGUGGAGAUGAAAUUAACAGCAACGUUCUCGAAGUUCCCAAGUCUGAUUACGAUCCUAAUGAAGCACCAGAAAUUGACGUGAGGUUCUCAAGCAAGGCUGGAAAUGUUAAUAUUACGGAAAAUAUUGUGUAA